GGAGUUAGGAGUGGGUGUGGUUGUUGGGAUGUGGGGUCUGUAGAGGGAGGGCUGCGAGGGGUGAAAGUGUGUCCCUUCUGCAAUUGGCUGCGAGUCUAAAUGUCUCAUUAUGCGCCUCAUUGUUCCUUUGUUGGGAUGGGGAUAUAAAUGCACCCCUAAAGGGCUUCAGGGGACAGACCCCUGACAAGGACCAGACACAGCACAUCUCCUGCUGCACCUGCUGAACUAGCUGAGCUCUGACAGAACUGAGAGAGAGAGAGAGAGAGAGAGAGAGAUCACAAGAGCAUUCAGACUUCAGUGAACUGGGUGCUGAAAAUACAGUCAUUUUUAAUUUCGCUCAAACCUCUGCUACUUUUUCUGUUUCUUUUUUUAUGGUCAUUUUUUGAACUUUUUCAUCUGCCAAGAUGGAUUCUGAUGCUGGCUCCAACUCCAGCCGCUCCUCGUCUCCAGACCUGGUGGUGGAUGACUCCAUGGGCAGCUUCUUCUCCAACAAGAUGUUCCAGGCCUACUGCAGGGAGGAGGGGGCAGCCAGGGCUGCCGGCCAGGGCAGGUCUGACCGCUGUGCUGGAGGAGGCAAGAGCAAGAACCACAAUGACCUCAAGGAAGGCGAAGGGCAGGACCUGAGGCUAAAGGUGAACAGCAGGGAAAGGAAGAGAAUGCACGACCUGAACCAGGCCAUGGAUGGCCUGAGAGAGGUCAUGCCCUAUGCCCAGGGGCCUUCUGUCCGCAAGCUCUCCAAGAUCUCCACCCUACUGCUGGCCCGUAACUACAUCCUCAUGCUAUCCAGCUCCCUGGAAGAGAUGAAGAAGCUGGUGGGAGAUGUCUAUGGGGCCGGUGGUGCCCAGAGUCGCAACAGCCACCCCCGGAUCCCCCCUCCAGCUCCCACAACACACCUCCCACUGCACCCUCUAGCCCAGUCCCUUCUCACUGUGGGCAGCACAGCUUCAGGUCUCCACCACCCGUCACCUCCCCCAGCUCCAGCCCCACACUCACCUCCCUCUGCAAGCUACCUGGGCUUCCCCCAUGCAUCUGUACAGAGUCUGCUAAAGGACCCUCUCCAUCUUGCCUGCUCCUACAGGCACUUCCCUGGAAUGCCCUGUCCCUGCUCACUCUGCCAGCCUCUAACAACCACAUCCGGCCUGCACACCUUGGCAAUGGGCAAGUGAGUAGGAAACACCCAGGACUGAACUCUAGUUGAGGCCCGCCAGGUCAAAGCAGCUCAUCGCCAGUUGGUUGAACUGUGAAAAGCACUGGUUGCUCCAGGGAGCUGUACAUAUUUUGUAUAUAUCUUUUAUUAAGUAUGAUGCUGCUAUUUUCAUAAAAGACAUGCUUUGUUUAUAUUGAAAAGAUUUUAAUGCAUGCACAGGGACAGUUUCAGAAACACUUUCAGAUUACUUGAUUAUUCUUUGUACUUCAUAAUGUUGUUCUACAAAAACAUUUUUGUAUCUACCGACCAUGAUAGGUUGAUAUUACUAUUCAACGAUAGCUGAUAUUACUAUUCACUGAAAAUAAAUGGAAAGUGUAUGUCCUUCU